AAUAUUUUAUUUAGAUAUCUUUGUUGGAGAAAGUGGUCGUGUAGUUGGUUUGGCUACUCGCUAUAUAAACGGAGCUGGUCUCUCUUGGCUUAUGCAAAUACAAACAUAAUACAAAACAUCACACGAUAUGGGGCGUCUCGUGAAUGGAGCUAGUCUUUUGGCUUUGUUAUGGUUCAAUGUUUUUGUGGUGAAGUAUGUUGCUGCGAGAGGUGUGACCUUCAACAAAGAUGAAGAGGAGAAGACCUUUGUAGGAGGCGGAAAGAGCUUUGGAGGUGGUUUUGGUGGUUGGCACGGUGCGGGAUUUGGCAAAGGAGGUGGCAUUGGUAAAGGUGGAGGCCUUUUUGGCCACGGAAUAGGCAAAGUCGGUGGUUUUGGAGGUGGCAUUGGAAAAGGCGGAAUAGGCAAAGGCGGUGGUUUUGGAGGUGGCAUUGGUAAAGUUGGCGGCAUCGGGAAAGGCGUUGGAAUUGGUAAAGGAUGGGGAUUUGGCGGUGGCUGGAUUGGACACCAUCACUGAGCUAAAUGAGAAGAAAGAUGUAGUUGCAGUGCAUGAAU